AUGUGUAGGAUGCCCUAUACGCCAGCCGCUAAUGCUGUCUCCCGCAUAGCUUUGGCUCUGGAACCACGGUGUCAUUCAUCCACGCCACGUUUCUGUGUGUAUACCUCUGCCCAGCGAGGGGCAGCACUGAUUCUGAUGAUGGCAGACAUCAUAUAUACCUCACCAUGUAUGAUAGAAUGGCGUCCCUCGUGGUGUGCGUGCUCCGGCAGAGGUACCCCCACUAGGAAUAUUACUGACGGGGGUCUUGGCGAGAGGCAUUGUCCCUGGGGCCGCAAAGAGGCUGAGAUACCAGAUCAGACAUUGAUGAUGCCGCUCUCGAUGCUUGAAUAUCCAACAUUUGGUGGGGGAGGGACGGCAGGAGGAGAGGCUCGACGUGAACAAGCGCCAAAGCGAGAUCCGCAGCGGAGUGGCCAGGAGGUGGACCACGGGAGCAACAAGGCAUAG